AUGAUUGUCGGCGUUUUGAUUGGAUAUUAUGUUCCCGGCGUUCAAGAAUCGUUUGAAACUGUACAAUUUGCGUCGGUAUCGGUUCCUAUUGCUAUUGGACUAUUGAUCAUGAUGUAUCCAGUACUAUGUAAAGUUCAAUAUGAGCGGAUGCCAUCCAUAUUAAUGACGAAGCAGGUGUGGAUACAGAUGGCGAUCUCUAUCUUUCUGAACUGGGUGGUUGGACCUAUCAUCAUGACAGCCUUAGCAUGGGCGACUCUGCCUGACCUUCCAGAGUUUCGUACGGGUGUGGUGAUGGUCGGAUUAGCAAGAUGCAUUGCUAUGGUGUUUAUUUGGAACCAUCUUGCUGGAGGAGAUGCCGACUACUGCGCAAUGUUGGUGUGCGUCAACUCUAUAUUCCAAAUUGCUCUUUUCUCGCCCUACUCUGUUCUUUUCAUCAACAUCGUUCCAUCCUGGUUUGGAGCCCCCACAGAUGAUGCCAUCAAUGUGGAUAUCUGGCCUGUCGCCCAAUCCGUCUUGAUCUACCUUGGUAUCCCACUUGCAGCUGGUAUAGUCACGCGCUUUGGUUUCAUGUGCACAAUGGGUCGUUCGUGGUAUGAAAAGAACUUUUUGCCCUAUGUCGGCCCCUGGGCACUGAUUGGCUUGCUGUAUACGAUCGUCGUCAUGUUUGCGAAUCAAGGUCACCAGAUCAUCGAACAUAUCGGAUCUGUCUUCCGCGUCGCCGUCCCCUUGUUUGUCUACUUCGUUCUCAUGUUCUUUAUCCCCUUCUUUGGAUUGAAGGCCAUUGGUAUGCCGUAUGAAUUGGUCGUCACACAGUCAUUCACAGCUGGCAGCAACAACUUUGAAUUGGCUAUAGCUGUGGCCGUAGGCACAUACGGUAUCAACUCACAACAAGCACUGGCCGCAACAAUAGGGCCACUGAUCGAAGUGCCUGUAUUACUGGCGCUGACCUAUGUCGCUUUACAUUUACAAAAGAAAAUGAACUGGUCGAGCCGAUCUCCACAUUUCACUGUCAAUACUAAAGAUGAAGAAUCCCGCUAG